AUGGCUAGUCCUGCCCCAGACGAGGCGGAGCACCCUCAAAAUGCUGAGGAUAGUGAUUAUGGCUCAGAUUUCUCACCGGAAGAGGUUGAGAUAGUAGAGAAAUUGUUGUUGCCGUUCCACCCACUACUCAACGAAGCAACUGAGAUUGAAGACAAUCCGAUUGUGAAUGAUAUCGAAUAUCAUGAGUCGGAGCGCACCCUUCGCCUCCCUCGAGUUAUUGGAAAAGAGCAGAUUUCGCCUCUGCUUCAAGCCAUUCGUGCUGCGGAGAGGGUUGCUGAGCAGAUUAAUACUUCAGUCGCGAAACGCGAGUACUACCCUGAUUUGAGUGAUCAAAUAGCUGGUAUCGUGCCAACUGCAUCCGGAUCGAUUCUCACGAAUGGAGUUGAAUCAAAGACCGCAGAAUCUGCAGAACCUAUACCUCGCGACACACGAUCGCCCCUCGAACGAUUUCGUACCGCGCCGAAGAAACCGCUCUCGGUGACGGAUCUCGUGUCGCCGGCAUGGUGCGAGCUUCAAUACUGGUAUACAUUGACGAAACAUGGAAGGAAGAAACGAACGUCAGCUAUGAAGCAAGGUAGUGCUGUACACAAAGUCUUAGAAGAUCAGGUACAUAGGACUGUUCAGAUCGACAUUCAAACAAGGGAAGAUGCCUGGGGUCUACAGAUAUGGAAUGUGAUACAAGGGUUACGAACAUUACGAGAAACGGGACAAACGAGGGAAUUAGAAAUAUGGGGUACUAUCGAUGGAUUGGUGGUGAAUGGCGUUAUUGAUGAACUGAGCUACAUCUGUCCGGAUACUGAAUUGGAGAAAUCUUUACAGAAAGAGGCUGAGAAGGAGAAGAAAUUGCCACCUUCAGAUCAAGCUUCUAUAUCGGACUUCUUCAAAGCACCAGGGGCUACUGCAGAGGCAACACGGACAAGAAGACGGGCCCGAUCGAACAAACUUUAUAUUUGUGAUGUGAAAACCAGAGGUGUUCGCACGCUGCCAAACAACGCAGCCUUCCGCCCUACCCAGAUGCAGCUUAUGCUUUAUCAUCACCUUCUAUCCGAGCUUGCCACAAACAGGGUCGAUUUUCCUGCCUUGGCCGGUCGCUAUAGGUUAGAUACCACCAAAACUUUCUCAGAUGCAUUCAUUGCUCAAGUGGGUAGCAUGAACGAUGAUAACGGGGAGAUAUACGAAGACGCUCUUGAGGAACAAGAUGAUUCGACCCCAGUUUCUAGUCAAGAUUCUAUGAGUGUUCUCCUUGCCCACAAUAAUCUCAAAGCUCUUUGGUCACUCAUGAUAUCUGAAUUUCAAAUCACUCUUCCCGAUGGUGCUGGAUCAUUGGGAGGAGUGUUAAAAACAGAAUAUCGAUCACGAGAUAGUGGAGAAAUAGUUGGAAUCAAGACUAUACCCAUGGAUAAUCAAGAAUUGAAUUCAUACCUAGACGAAGAACUACGUUGGUGGAAAGGAGAAAGAGAAGCGAAGGGGGUCACAGUAGAAGAAGCAUUUAAAUGCAGGACUUGUGAUUUUGCGGAAGACUGUGAAUGGAGGUUACAUAAGGUUGAGGAAGCGACUGAGAAGGCUCGCUUGAAAAAGAGGAGGAGGAAAAGCGUUGUAUAG